CAGUGUCUGCCGCGUCCGCGUGCGGUUGUCGUUCGAGUGCGAGAGAGACAGAGAGACAGCGACAAUGUGCGACGACGACGUGGCCGCCCUCGUGGUGGACAAUGGGUCCGGCAUGUGCAAGGCGGGCUUCGCCGGCGACGACGCGCCCCGCGCCGUCUUCCCGUCCAUCGUGGGCCGCCCCCGGUACCAGGGCAUCAUGGUCGGCAUGGGCCAGAAGGACAGCUACGUCGGUGACGAGGCCCAGUCCAAGCGAGGCAUCCUGACCGUCAAGUACCCCAUCGAGCACGGCAUCGUCACCAACUGGGACGACAUGGAGAAGAUCUGGCACCACACGUUCUACAACGAGCUCCGCGUCGCUCCCGAGGAGCACCCCGUCCUGCUCACCGAGGCGCCCCUCAACCCCAAGGCCAACCGAGAGAAGAUGACUCAGAUCAUGUUCGAGACCUUCAACACGCCGGCCAUGUACGUGGCCAUCCAGGCCGUGCUGUCCCUGUACGCGUCGGGCCGCACCACGGGCAUCGUGCUGGACUCUGGCGACGGCGUGUCCCACACCGUCCCCAUCUACGAGGGCUACGCCCUGCCGCACGCCAUUCUGCGUCUGGACCUGGCCGGCCGCGACCUCACGGACUACCUCAUGAAGAUCCUCACGGAGCGAGGCUACUCCUUCACGACGACGGCCGAGCGGGAAAUCGUCCGCGACGUCAAGGAGAAGCUGUGCUACGUGGCGCUCGACUUCGAGCAGGAGAUGGCCACCGCCGCCUCCUCGUCCUCCCUCGAGAAGUCCUACGAGCUGCCCGACGGACAGGUCAUCACCAUCGGGAAUGAGCGGUUCCGCUGCCCGGAGGCCAUGUUCCAGCCUUCCUUCCUGGGAAUGGAGUCCAGCGGCAUCCACGAGACGACCUACAACUCAAUCAUGAAGUGCGAUGUCGACAUCCGUAAGGACCUGUAUGCCAACACUGUGUUGUCUGGAGGUACCACCAUGUAUCCUGGUAUUGCGGAUAGGAUGCAGAAAGAAAUUACAUCCCUGGCCCCCUCCACAAUGAAGAUCAAGAUAAUUGCUCCUCCAGAGCGCAAAUACUCCGUUUGGAUUGGUGGAUCCAUCUUGGCCUCCCUAUCAACUUUCCAACAGAUGUGGAUCUCGAAACAAGAAUAUGAUGAGUCUGGCCCAUCUAUUGUACAUCGCAAGUGCUUCUAGUCCUGUGUUUCCUGGUUUGCUCUAGUUUCAUAAUUUAUUGUAUUGUAAGAUUUGAAAGCUUCAACCAAAAGCUUGUACAUAACGAUCAUUAGUAUGAUCAGGCAACUACUUCCACACUUAAGUUAAUUUUGUGUUUAUUUAUUGUUAUUAUUUAAAUGACAAACUGCCUAAUUCUAUCAUUGUACCUAAGUGGAAACAAAGAAAGCAUGUGACACUGAUAGAAGGAUUGAAAUAUACCAAGUAAAUGACAAACAUA